ACAUAUUUGGCACAGCCCAUGGUGAAGCACAUGUAAGGAUGUGCAGCCUGCAGUCAGACUAGACUACACUUUGAUUAUUGAUUCUUGGAAACGGCUUUUCUCUUUUCAAAAGUGUUUUUUUGCCCCAGAAGUUGGAUUUUCUUGCCUCUCUCUUUUUGCGAUUUUUAAAUAAGAGGACUGUACUUAUGUGGAGCGUCAUCCAGGGGAAUACUUAUCACUUCUCUUUUUUCAUUUGAGAUUCAGUCGCACAAUCACCUGUUCCUGUGCUCCACUGUUGCGCUGCGUGGGCAAAGGGCCCACCUGGAUUAUUCUGAGUGUACAUGUCUAUGGGACAGACUCAUAGAAGAAGGGAGAGACUGAAAGAGAGAAUAAGGUGAAGAAGAGGAGAAGGAAGAUGUAUCUGUACAAAGCGACGUGCCCGGACAUUCCCAACCCAAAACAGAAGGGGUCCAGAAGUCACGGCGGGGUCCAGGCUCAAGGCCUGAGCCAUGGAAGGCUUGUCCGCCAGACGUCAACAGGGACGGGACCUCGACCUUACGCUCCUCUCAUGCUUUGGACGGCUAAGAAACCCAAAGGCGUGGUGAGGCUCAAACAGCUGGAGGAGUUUCUGAACGUCCACUCGUUGUCUCUGCACGACACAGUGAAGAGUCAGACGGGCAUGGUGUACAGGAAUCUGGGAAAGUCUGGACUCAGAGUGUCUUGCUUAGGACUGGGUACAUGGGUGACAUUUGGAGGACAGAUAACAGACGAGGUUGCAGAGCAGCUAAUGACCAUUGCAUAUGAGAAUGGAGUCAAUCUGUUCGACACAGCUGAGGUCUAUGCAGGAGGCAGGGCCGAAGUCAUUCUAGGAAACAUUAUCAAGAAGAAAUGCUGGAGGCGAUCCAGCUUGGUCAUUACAACUAAACUCUACUGGGGAGGAAAAGCAGAGACAGAGAGAGGAUUGUCAAGAAAGCACAUUAUUGAAGGUGAACACACACACACACACACACACACACACACACACACACACAUAAUGAAAAAACAGCAACUUUAUGCUUUUGUGCUCAGUUUUUAUUGUGUCAGUUCAAUCAAUUUUACGACAUCUCUCUGUCCCUCAGGUCUGAAAGGCUCUGUACAGAGGAUGCAGUUAGAGUAUGUGGAUGUAGUUUUUGCCAACCGCCCGGACAGCAAUACUCCCAUGGAGGAGAUCGUUCGAGCCAUGACCUAUGUGAUAAACCAAGGCAUGGCAAUGUACUGGGGAACGUCACGGUGGACGGCCAUGGAGAUCAUGGAGGCGUAUUCAGUGGCAAGACAGUUCAAUCUGAUCCCUCCGGUCUGUGAGCAGGCAGAGUAUCAUCUCUUCCAGAGGGAGAAAGUAGAAGUGCAACUGCCGGAACUUUAUCACAAGAUAGGAGUUGGAGCAAUGACAUGGUCACCGCUGGCGUGCGGCAUCAUCACAGGAAAAUAUGAAAAUGGCAUUCCUGAGACCUCGCGAGCCUCCAUGAAGUCAUACCAGUGGCUAAAGGAGAAAAUAAUAAGUGAGGACGGAAGGAAGCAACAGGCAAAGCUGAAAGAACUGAACCACAUUGCAGAAAAGCUGGGCUGCACACUGCCUCAGCUGGCUGUGGCGUGGUGUCUCAGGAAUGAAGGCGUGAGCUCAGUCCUUCUGGGAACUUCCAACCCUGAACAGCUCACAGAAAAUCUUGGGGCCAUACAGGUCCUUCCUAAGAUGACCUCUCAUGUAGUGACUGAAAUUGACCACAUCCUUGGCAACCGACCGUACAGUAAGAAGGACUACCGCUCUUAGACCAGACAGUACUGACCUACUUCCUCAUACUACUACCAUGGAUCCACCGUUCAAUGUUAAACUGUCUAUGGCUCACUCCUUGGGCCCCCACUCUGGAACAGCCUGGAACAGACAACUUUGCAAAGCCCAGCGUCACAUCUCUGACUUAGACUUGUCCUGCUCAGAUCAGCCCCACCAGGUUCAUCUCAGGUCCAGUGCAGCUCAGCCCACAGAGAAAUGCUUGACAAACUUCGCUCUUUGUAGCAUAAAACAUCUUUAAAGCUAUCUGUGUGUAUUGGAACUUUUCCUUUCCUUGUUCUGCACAAGCCUGUUCACAUGUUACUAUGCAGAACUGUGUCCAGCCUGUUUUUGACGUUCAGAUCCAGUGCCAUGCUGACAUUAUUUAGAGCAGUCUAUCCCCGUUUCAACUGUAUCUGGAGGCCUCAUUUCUAAAUUCAACACAUUAAGGCUAAGUAGUUUUAGUUUUAGAGAUAAUCAGCUUCUCUUGGAGUUGUUAUGAAAUAAAAAGAACUGCAGGAGGAUUUAAAUCAACUGUCUUGUUCAAUGUCAUCUGGAGAAUAGAUGGUAAACUGCAUUACUUAUUCACUUUAUCACUCAGCCGAUGACUCAGUCCCCUUGGUGUCAAGUGUUCCUCUCUAAUAUCCAAACUUGCACCCACAAUUAAAAUCACUUGAGCACAAAAAUCAAAGUGAACACAGGUUUUUAUUAAUGUCCCAUUACUGAAUACAUUAAAGCUCUUUAGACUUGUUUUUCUUUUAAAACAGAUGGUACCUCAGGCUGCAAUCAUAAUGAAUGAAUGAGGCCUCAAUAAACAAAUGUCUGCUUUCAAAUAUCCACCAAAUGUAACUUCUAUACCUACCAAAUAUCCAGCUGUGUAUUCAGUUUAGUGCAGAAUAGCAUUCAGUAGAUAUUAGACUGCGUUUCCUGAGCAUAUUAUCCAGCACAUGCAUGUGUCUCCUACUCUAGGGUGCAUUUCUCUUUUAUUUCAUUUUCAGCAAAGCACAUAAUUAAAUGACCAAAGCGAGUUUGGUCAAAAUAAUGUACUGUGAAGCAAAGGAUUGUGGGAUAUUGUAGGCUUGGUCAGCAGACGGGGGCAGAGAGUGAAGCAUGUUGUUUGACAAACCGCUCCUUAGCUUUACUUGAUCUUAGAGAGAUAAUGCUUUAAAAAACAAAACAAAAAAAAACAGACUACCUGUCUCCUUGAUUGCAUUCAGUAUGGAUUUGUCCUCUCUCUUGCUUGUCAACUGAACUUUCAUCGCUGAUUGCCUCAAUUAACCUUUUGGGACUUACUCUCUCUCUAUAAUGGAAGGAUGACUGGCCCCUGGUGGUCAUGUUUUGUAAUAACUGCAAAAACAGCUUGAUAAUGGCACAAUGUGGCAUGAAGGCAAAGUAUUUAGGAUGUGACAAAGAUUACAGUAUUUAUUCUAGAGCAGUUAACAAAUAUGACAUUUAUUUUGACAUUCUGAGAUGUUGUUUUUGUUAGAAAAUGAUACGUGUACAUAAACUGUUAUGGCGUACCUUGUAACUAUAAAGACGCCUCUCUUGCAUAUGAGGACUUCCCUGUACUGUUAGGCUAACAUAAUAUAAAUAAGAUGUAAAUAGAGUUCUUUUAUUGCUCCUCUGCAGUGUCGCUGCAUGGUUUGCAGUGUUUGAAUCUUCUUUUCUCCUCCAGCGUGACGUUUUAUAUUACCUAUCUUCAUCCAAGUGGUGCGAGGGUUGAUUGAUUUAUUUUUGCAUAAUACAGUCAGAUCAUUGAAUCUGUCGUGAUAAUGGCAUUAUGUAAAGAAUGGGCUUCUGUUAUGAGUAACGAGCUUGGAGCAUUGUUUAAAGACUUUACCUUGAAUCUUUUGCAUCUGGAAAACAAGCCAUCAUAGAGAUCUAGCAGACAUGUUGGCUGGGUUCCAGCUGACUCACUGGUUUGUCCUUGGUGCACCAUUGUUGACUGGGAGCACAAACACUCCUGAUUUUAAUCAAAGGAAAUUUCGGUACAUCACAGCUCCUGAUGCUUCUGCCAAAACCUUGUUACACACAUAUUGGAAUAAACAUCGACAAGCAGCAGCCAGUUCAUUGUUUAUUUAAAGUAGCAUGGCUUUGACAGAUGAAUAGGCUUCAUUGUGACUGUUUGCUUUGGCUUGGUGGUGAAUACAAAUGAGGGCGACCUGACCGUCAUUGCCACGCAAAUUAUUAGCCAUGUACACAAACAUCCGGAAAAAUGUUUGCCUUAAGACAUUUAUUUCACUGUACUUGAUGAAAAUAUACCAAAAUGUGGACGAUGUGUUUUGUAUACACUCAUUAGCCACUUUAUUCGGUACACAUGACUCUCAAUAAAGUGUCAGGAGUGGCAUCAAGUUGUGCUCUUCUGCUUCAAGACUGAACGCGUAGUGUGUUCAGAGAUGAUCUUCUGCAUGCGUUGUAACAAGCGGUUAUCUGAGUUAUUGGCUAUUAUCUUAAGAACUCUUGCAUCAUCCAUGCAUUUCACCCAGAGAACCAUUGCUCACUGGAUUUUUCGUUUUUAGACCAUUCUCUGUAAACCCUAUAAUUCAAAUUCACUUCAUAUCACCUCUUUCAUCCCCAUUCUGAUGCCCAGUUUGAAUUUGAACUUGCAGGUCAUCUUGACCAUGUCUACAUGCCCUAAAUGAUUGGAGUUACUGUCAUGUGACUGACUAAGUAUUUGCUUUAACAAGCAGUUGAACGGGUGUACCUAAUAAAGUGGCCAUUAGGUGUACAAAGAGGAUGUUUGCUUUGGAGUCAAAAUCAUUUGUUUUUGUUUGCUGUAACUGUUAUUGGUAAAAAAGUGUGACAUCACAUGUAGUUGUGGUGCAUUUUGUGCACGUCAACAAGCUGCCCAUUAGUGACCAUGUAGGACAGUUGUGUGUGUGUUACAUGCCAUUUUUUUGUGUGUAUAGACUUCUUCAUUUGAUGGAGUGCCUUGACUUGAGUCCAACAUUCAGGGAUGUCUUCAUUGUUAUAUGGUGAUUGGAUGUUAUCCUCAUACAAAUGUGAGAGUAAAGCAAUAUUUCUACAGAUUAUGGUUAGAUCACCCAGGCUACAUUACGUGUCAUCUGUUAACUUCACUUGGGCAAAACUAAGUUCACAGUCAGUGUAGCAGUUAACUUUUGGGGGAAUUGGCUCAGAAUGAAUUAUAUAUUAACCGUUUGGCAGAUGUUUUAAUCCAAGGCAGAUUACAACUGGAAGUGUACGCUUCCAGGAAUUGUCUUCCUUGUCCAUGGAGUCUCAGUGCAUGACUGUGGCUUUGUCCUGUCUAGCCUUUUUGGGUUGCUUCCCCCAAAACAAUCAUACUGGAACAACACCAGACAAUUAAACCAGUCAGUGACUUCAUGAAACAACAGUUUGCCUCCUGGAAACAUUUUCUUUGUAACAAACUUUAGAGAAAAACUAGCAAUGUACUCAUUUGUAGUGUGUUUAAGUAAAUUGUUACAGUGACAGUUGGAGGAAAUCUGUGAUAAAUGAGAACAGUGACUCCGGGUGUUUGCUCUUUGACUCUUCUCAAUUUGUUAUCAGAAUCAGCUCCACAGCCUUGGAAACAGAUCAAAGGCCAAAAUUGAGCAAAGGCUGAAGCAAUUCACAUUUUGCUGCCGAAUUCACAGAUUAACAUUUAAGGUCCUGCAAGGCGUUGCAUACGCUUCAUCACCAGAUUUACUGGUCUCAUUUAAAUUUAACCAAAAAACUAUUCUGAUCUCAGUGUGAAGCACAAACUUCUUCUACAGAUCAGUGUGGUCUACAACAUGUGAGUGUAUGAGUGGAAGAGAAGUGAGUUUCAUUGUUUUUGUUGAAAAUGCAAACCAUCAGUGUAAUAUGUCCUCUCCUGGUAGUGAUUUCUCCGUACAUACUACGAAAGUGUGAUUAUUAAUAAAUGCAAUGCCAAUGGGAAUAUCUA